AUGGUCCUUACCACAGUUCUAUUUAUUUCAUCUUUCUGGCCCCUGAAGAAACCAGCUGGAUCCCAGAGAAUAAGUUUAAACUACUGCAAGCUCAACCACACCAAGUUUAACUUUACAAAAGAGAAAUAUAGCACCUUAAGGUCCUCUUUGGGAUCAGAGGUGACACAUUUUACACCUAGAAAUACUUGUCUGGCCCAUAUUCCAGGUGACACAAAAGGCUGCCAGCUUUGGCUGGGGCCUAGGGCAGGAAAGGCUCUGCAGUUAGCCCAGGCUCUAGUGCCAACAGCCUUGUUGCUUGCACCAUAUGGUCUGGCUGCCCUAAGGGGCUGA